AUGAUGAUGGUAAGUCUUCCAGCACCCCAUCCUCUUCUCUCCCUCCCCUUCCCUCCCUCUAUCUAUAUCCAGAUCCGCUACACGAGCACAACCCAAAUACUAACCGCCACCCCACCAGACGAAAACUGCCCAGUAUGCAAAUCCUCCCGCUACCUCAAUCCAAACAUCCGCUUCCUCAUGAACCCGGUGUGCUACCACAAAAUGUGCGAAUCCUGUGUCGACCGGAUAUUCAUGCAAGGCCCAGCUCCCUGCCCCGUGAUCGCGUGCGGCAAGACGCUUCGCAAGAACAAGUUCCGCAAGCAGACUUUCGAGGAUGUAGCUGUUGAGCGCGAGGUCGACGUGCGAAAGCGGGUGGCGCUGACCUUCAACAAGCGCCAGGAUGACUUCGAUAACCUGCGCGAGUACAAUGACUAUCUGGAGGAGGUGGAGCAGAUCACGUUCAAUUUGGUGAACAAGAUCGACGUGAAGGAGACCGAGGCGAAGCUUCUCGAGUACGAGGCGGCGAAUAAGGAGCUUAUUAGUACUAAUGCGGCCCGACAGGCUGCCGAGAUGAUGGCGUUCGCACAAGCUACUGAGGCGGAGAAGGAGAGUCAGAGGUUGGCGAGGGAGAUGGCGGUCAGGGAGCGGGAGGAGGAGCGCAGGGAACAGGAGGAGUUGAAGAUUGCCACCUUGAAUGCGCUGGCGAGUGGGGAUAAGGGUGCUGUCAAGGUUAUCCAGGAGGUGCAGUUGAAGAGGUCUGGGGAGAGGAAGAGGAGGCAGGCUGAUGAGCAGAUGAAGUUGAAAAGUCUGGCUGAGGGGCGAUCGUUGCUGAAUUCUUCGCUGUUGGCGGGGACCAGGAAGAGAGUCCUUGAAGAUGGCCCCUUCGAUCCUCUUGGCGGGCUCAGUGAUGUUAACGAACACUAUAUCGUUCAAGACUAUUACGAAAAUAAAUGGCUCGAGAAUGUCCGAAACGAUCCGGCAGCGCAGGCUGGUGGUUACUUCGUUGAAGAGUACUACGGUCGCUCAUUGUUCGAGGCCUUUUCCGGCCUCACUUUCUUUGUUGACGAGGAGGCCGCACGGAUAGAGGAGGAGAAGAGAGCUAAAACAUAUACAGACUUGAUGAUUAGUGACGCUGUUUCAUAGAUUCCACCGACGUCCAAUUUUUCAUCUCCUUCCCUUUCUCUACUGUUUCUUAUCAUCAAAUACACACCUUAUGUACAGUAAUAAACGGCAUGGGAUAUUGGAAGACUCUAGAAAAAUUAUAAUAAUCAUUUUCGAGAGAAAUGGUCAUCAAGCGGA